AUGAGUAUCUUGAAGGACAUCGUAACUGUAAACGAAGAAGAUGCAAAUUUGCUUGUUCUGAUCAUUGAUACAAACCCAGUGAACUGGGGAAAGGCAGCAAGCAGACCGACUAAGGGAUCGUGCUUACCUUUGCAGGAAGCUUUACGCCACCUUAUGGUAUUCAUCAACGCCCAUUUGGCACUAAAACAUGACAACGAGGUGGCAGUUAUUGCGAGUCACUUUGGGGUUAGCAAGUUCCUUUAUCCUAUUCCGUCCUCGGGACAAACUCAUGAAAGCUCCGAUCAAUCUAGUGAUUCCAGCAUGUUCCAGAAAUUUCGCGUUGUUGACGAUCAAGUGAUAUUAAACAUAAAGGAAUUGCUAGAAACCGAAGAGAUACCAAGCUCGUAUCCUGACAAAGAUAUCAACCGGAUUACAAAGGCUGACGAGCUUGGUCAUAUAAAAUCUCGGAUAUUAAUUAUUUCGGUGUCUCCAGAUUCUCCUUAUCAAUAUAUAUCUAUCAUGAACUGCAUUUUCUCGGCACAGAAAUUGGGAAUACCAAUAGACAUCUGCAAGGUAUCCGAAAACGAUGACACGGUAUUUUUGCAACAGGCGUCACAUAUCACUGGAGGAAGGUAUCUCAGAUUACCGAUCGACCAGGCUCAAGGAUUUUUGCAAUUCCUGAUGAUAACAUUUCUCCCCGACCGAUUCAGCAGAAGGCACAUGUGUUUGCCAGGGGAAGAAAAAGUAGAUUUCGGAGCUGCCUGCUUUUGUCAUAAGAGAACGAUUAAUAUCGGAUAUGUGUGUUCAGUGUGUUUGUCAAGUAUCCUUUUGAAAAAGUUUUUCUUAUCUGGUCAAGCUCACAACAUACCUUCUUAA